AUGACAUCCACGCCAUCCAGCUCCAACGACUACCCGAUGACAGUCGAUGAUCUCAUACAACAACUUCAACUCAUUGCGACCGAACCGCUGGAUGAUACGGCAGCUGUUAAGUUAGUUUUUUUCAUAUUUUAUAUAGGGGGGGGGAGUAGAUUAGUUUAAUCAAGGGAGAUGUGUUUAGAUUAGGCCUAAAGCUACCAGAAGUCUUUUAGACUUAAGUCUACUAGGCCUAAGCCGAUCAAAAGCCGAGUUUAAUAAGCCUAACCUUAUUAAGCCUAUCAAGCCUAAGCAUACUAAGUCUAAGUUUACUUACGCUAAGAUUACCAAGACUAAGUUUACUAAGCCUAAGCCAAGCUCCAGAUCCUUUAACCCAAAGCUUAUUUAUACUAGGCUUAACAACCCUGUUACUUAAUCCCAAACCUAUUAAACCUAAGUUAACUAGGCAUCUGGAUACUAAGUUUUAAGCCUUUUAAGCUUAAACUCAUUAAACCUAGGCCUUUCAAAAUCUCAUUUUACAGAAAAUCUCAACUCUCAGACAACCCCUAUAAGUAUGCUUUAUAUUCCGAGUUAUGUGACGUGAAGAAGAAACUUUGUUUCCACAUGAGGUAUCCGCUAGAAGACGCUCAAACCAUGGACGAUUCCCAACUAAUGCGGCUGGAUAAUAUGUUAGCGGCCGAAGGCGUGGCAGGGCCUGAAAGGAAUAUCCAGGCCUCGGCUGAUGCCUCAACCACAGACCAGGCCGACUACAAACAUAAGCUACAACAGAUACGAGAGACCUAUCACAAGGAGCUGCACAAGUAUCAGGAGGCGAGUAAUCAGUUCACUCAUCAUGUCAAGAGUUUGUUGUUUGAGCAGAAUAACAUUCGACCCAUUGCCAAGGUGGAGAUUGAUCGAAUGGUGAUGAUUAUCCAGAAAAAGUUUAGUGGAAUACAAGUUCAGUUGAAACAGAGUACGUGUGAGAAUGUCAUGAUGCUGAGGUCAAGGUUCUUGGAUGCACGGUAAGGCUUUUUAAAGGAAAAAAUGACAAGAACUUUCUUUACAAAGCAAAAGAUGGCAAGAACUUGGUUUAAAAAACAAAAAAUGGCAAAAACUUUGUUUACAAAACAAAAAAUGGCAAGAACUUUCUUUACAAAACAAAAACUUAUGGUAUUUUACUUUAUCUUGCCAUAAAUUAAAAAUUAUGCAAAUUUUUCAGUCGAAAACGUCGAAACUUUACGAAACAAGCGACCGAAGUCCUAAACGAAUACUUCUACUCCCACCUCAACAACCCCUACCCCAGUGAAGAGACCAAAGAAGAGUUGGCUCGAACCUGUCAAAUCACCGUAUCUCAGGUUGCCAACUGGUUUGGCAACAAACGAAUUCGCUACAAGAAGAACUUGGCCAAAUCCCAAGAAGAGGCCAAUCUCUAUGUGAAUAAGAAGUCGGCCCAAGUCCAACAGAAUUACAUGUUGAACACGGCGGCCGGCAUGAUCAACCCCUACGACCUUUAUCAGUACAAGUUUUGA